AUGCAGCGAGGGUGCUUGAGUGCAUCCCAGCCGUCGGGCCAUCCCUCCGAGGACACCACCCUCAUCCGUCAGAUCUUCGGCGGGACUUGCAGCUCUCAGAUCCAGUGUGUCCACUGCCUCGGUGUCUCAGACACGUUCGACCCUUAUCUGGACAUCAGCCUGGAUACCACCGCGGCUCAGAGUGUGGAGCAAGCUCUGAGAGAGCUGGUGAAGCCCGAGAAGCUGGACGUUGAAAAUGCCUAUGACUGUGGCGUUUGUCUCCGGAAAGUGCCUGUCACCAAGAGGUUGACUUUGCACAGGACGUCCCAGGUCCUGGUGCUGGUGCUGAAGCGGUUCACACAGGUGAGCGGGGCCAAAAGGGCUCAGGCAGUGCGCUAUCCCCAGUGCCUCGACCUGCAGCCCUUCACGUCUGAGCGGAAAGCAGGGCCACUGGGCUACGUGCUCUAUGCCGUGCUGGUGCACUCUGGGUGGAGUGGUGAGCGAGGACAUUACUUUUCUUUCGUGCGAGCGGGCAACGGCCAGUGUUAUAAGAUGGGCGAUGCCAAGGUGACGGCCUGUGAUGAGAGUGCUGCCCUGAGCCAGGGCGCCUACAUCCUCUUCUACUCCCGGGAGGGUGCGUGGCAAGGGGGUGCUGGGGGAGGGUCUGCGGCCCCCCUCACGCCUGACCCCACACACCCCGGGGAACCUGACCCUGCCGGCCCCGGGGAGCCUGUGGGCGAAGUCAGCGGCAGAGCUCCUGGGACACAGGUGUCCCCGGGGGCCACAGAGGUCGAAGGAAUCAGCUUAGAGCAGUGGAGACGCCUAAAAGAGCACAACCGGCCGAAGACGGCCUCCGACCUCUGGAAGAUCCAGUCGGCCCUGCCUGCCGGCCCAGUCGUGAUUCACCAGUCCAAACUCGGAGCAGGGAGAAACGGCAAGCUGCCCGAAGAGGAGCAUGACCGGCUCGACCGUUCCAGCAUGCACAGCCCGCCUCCGGGCCCAAUGAGCGUUGGCAACGGCCCUUGUGCCAGCGGGAGGACCCGAGCGACCAAGAGGAAAAACAAGAAGUCGCGGCCAUCUCUGGGGCUGUGGCGAGAGGAAAAAAAUGAUGAGCGGUAUCUUCCCCCAAGAACUCGAAAAAGCGUGCGCUGCAUGAGGAAGUCGAGCCACCCACCGGCCACCCUCAUUAUCACCACCAAUCUUCCUCUGCCCCAUCGCCUCAAACGGACUUACUGCUUGCCCCAUCCACACGCUCUGAAGAAGAAGAAGGAGAAGGAGGUGAAGAUGGUGAAGAAAGAGAAGAAGGAGAAGAACGGGCUGGCGCCUGGCCACCAAGUCGCCCUGAGCUGGAGGGGGCCGUGGGGGGUCGGGGCUGGGCUUCAGAAUCUGGGGAACACCUGCUACGUGAAUGCAGUGCUGCACUGUCUGAGCCACACGCCACCCCUGGCCCGCUGGAAUGUGUCCCAGCAGCACGCCACCCUCUAUCCAGCCCGAACCUCCUGCACGCUCUGUGCUGGGCGAGCACACGUGACCCGAACCCUCCUUCACCCGGGAGAGGUGAUCCGGCCCCGCAAGGACCUGCCGGCGGGCUUCCACAGACACUAG